AUGGUCCGCCUACGAGAAAUACCCCGGACGGCAACAUUUGCUUGGUCGCCCGGAUCAACCCAGCCGUUGAUUGCUACCGGAACCAAGUCUGGAGCUGUUGACGCCGACUUUUCUGGCGACACUCAAUUGGAGCUCUGGGAGCUCAAGCUUGAUGAUGCUGAGCACGGAGUAGAACUUGAGCCAGUUGCUACAGUAAACGUAGAUUCGAGAUUUAACGACCUUGCAUGGAGCCUACCCAGCGAACAGUACCCAAGAGGCAUAAUAGCGGGGGCCCUCGACAGCGGCGCAUUGGUCCUCUGGGAUGCGGAGAAGUUGCGGACAGGUGCAGCAGACGCUCAAAUUGAGCAGAUCGAUAAGCACACUGGUCCCAUUCAAGCUCUCCAGUUCAACCCCUACCGAUCGAACAUCCUCGCCUCCGCAGGCGCCAAGGGUGAGCUCUACAUUCACGACCUCGACGAUGCUUCGAAGACUUUCCGCCUAGGAAAGGCCGGCGCGAACCCUGACGAGUACACAACGUUGGACUGGAACAAGAAGGUUGCCCACAUUUUGGCGACUGGAAGCAGCGGAGGUUUUGUUACUGUUUGGGAUGUGCGAGCGAAGAAGGAGACGCUCACACUGAACCACUUCGGCAGGAAAACAGUCAGUGCUGUGUCAUGGGACCCCGAAGUACCCACAAGGCUCGUCACAGCCAUUCCUACCGAUCAGCACCCCCUCGUCCUGGUCUGGGACCUUCGCAAUACAAAUGCGCCAGAGAAGACCCUUCAGGCACACGACCAGGGUGUACUGUCCCUGUCGUGGUGUACCCAGGAUAGCGACAUUCUGCUGUCCUGCGGCAAGGACAACCGAACCAUUGCAUGGAACCCGCACAGCGGCGAGCAAUUGGGCGAGUUUCCUGUCGUUACAAACUGGACCUUCCAAACCCGGUUCAACCCAUCAAACCCCAACAUCCUUGCUACCGCAUCAUUCGACGGCAAGAUCGCAAUCCAGACCCUGCAGAACACCGGAGCUACAACUGAGCUGAGCAAGGCGGCGGCUCAGGCGCCGGAGGGGGAAGACUUCUUCUCGCAGACGCACGUCGAACCUCAGGGCGCUUCUUUCUCGCUUAAGACACCACCUAAGUGGCUCAAGAGAAGGGCUGGUGUGGCUUUUGGCUUCGGCGGAAAGUUGGUACGAUUUGGCGUUCAUGACUCUAAGUCUAAGAUCGCCAUUUCUACAUUUGCUGUCGAUGCACAGAUUGGCGACGCUAGCCAGGAGUUCGACAAGGUUCUCGAGCAGGGUGAUCUUACGGCCAUCUGUGAGAACAAGAUCGCCAAGGCAGCGACCGAGGAGGAGAAAGCCGACUGGACAGUCAUUGAGACAUUGACAUCUAAGAACCCCCGAAGCAAGCUUGUCGAGUACCUCGGAUUUGCCGAUGUAAAGGAGGAGGAACCAGUAGAGGAGAAGAAGGAUGCCGAGCUAAAUGGUGCUGACGAUGGUGUCUCCUUUUUCGACCAGUCCGGCACAGAUGAGGGUAACUUCUUGUCCGACCUCGCUGCCUCGAAGGGCGCAAAGACGAACAACCCCUUCCAGGUCUACACUGGCGAUGAGUCUGAUUCCGACAAGAAGAUUACUCGCGCUCUCAUGCUUGGCAACUUCGAAGCGGCUCUCGAUGUCUGCUUGAAGGAGAACCGCCUCUCAGAUGCGUUCAUGAUUGCCAUUUGUGGUGGUGAGAAGUGUGUCGCAAAGGCUCAAGCUGCUUACUUCAAGAGGCAGUCUGAUGCACCAAACUACCUGAGGCUGCUUGCUUCAGUGGUUGGCAAGAACCUAUGGGAUCUGGUUUACAACGCCGAUCUCAAGGACUGGAAGGAAGUCAUGGCUACCCUUGCUACUUUCGCUGACCAGUCUGAGUUCCCCGACCUCUGCGAAGCUCUGGGUGACCGCUUGGAGGAGGCCAUCUCCGACAAGACUGGCUCUUACCGUAAAGACGCGUCUUUCUGUUACUUGGCUGGUUCCAAACUCGAAAAGGUCGUCGUAAACUGGGCGCAAGAGCUCAAAGAGAACGAAGCUGCUGGUCUGGAGAAGUCAGAGGAGGACAACAGCUUCUCGAUUCACGCCCGCUCGUUGCAAGACUUUAUCGAGAAGGUUACAGUGUUUCGCAAGGUCACCAACUUCAAGGACGCCGAGCAGCAGAAGGAUGCCGACUGGAAGCUCGAGCCGCUGUACGCAAAGUACGUCGAGUAUGCUAAUAUUGCAUCCUCGCAUGGUCAGCUUUCUAUCGCUGAGAAGUACUUGGAUUUGCUGCCCCAGAAAUAUCCCGCCGCCGAGGUCGCGAAGGACCGAGUCAAGCGCGCAACACGAAAGGCUGCACCACAGGCUCAACGACAGGCGCAGCCCGGCGCUGGUGGUCGUGCUACACGCGUUGUCCCCACGCCAACACCGGCUCAACAGACAUAUGCGCCGACGAAUGCCCUGUCUACUCCCGCACCAGUAAACAAUUCACCUUACGCACCGAUCAAUCCACUGAGUGCCCCAGCACAGGCCCAAGUUCAGUCCCAGCCGGCAGCUCGCAACCCAUACCUCCCUCAGCCGAAUGCAUUCGCAUCCCAGCCAUCGCCCAUUGGGCAGAACGGUACCGGAUAUGGUGGCUACGGUCAACCUCAGCAGAGUUCGCUGCCCCCUCCUCCUCGUGCUGGCGCCAUCGGUAGCAUGCCUCCCACUUCCACUGUGCCCGCAGUAAACCGCGGCCACAUCCCCGCGUGGAAUGACACUCCUGACUUCGGGCCGCCGAAGCCAGCUUCGCGUCGCGGCACUCCUCUCAACACUGUUGGCUCACCUUUCCCCAACCAGCAGCAAUACGGCGCGCCUCCCCCAGGUCCGCCACAGGGACGACCAACACCUCCUCCGCCCAAAGGCCCGCCUCAGGGACCCUCUCGGGUGAUGUCACCGCCUCAGUCGAGUUUUUCUCCAUCCGCCCCUAAUCCCUACGCUCCGGUACAGCCAAGUGGGUUUGCCCCUCCACAGCAAGCGCCCUUGGCGCGUGGAGCUUCGCCAUAUGCUCCGCCAACUUCGGCAGCGCCAGCUUCCAAUCGCUAUGCUCCGGCACCGGGUUCGCAACCUUCGCCUGCUCCGGCGUACGGAGGAAUGCCUCCACCUCGCAACAUCGCGCCGCCACCUACUCACUUCACACCUGUGCCGUCCCCAUACACGCCAUCGGCAGCUCAGCAAGCCACUCCUGCAGCAGCACCACCUCCGCUCAGAGGCCCACCUCAGGGACCCCCACGUGCUGGUCCCCCGCCUGGCGCACCUCUCCAAGGCGGGCCACCACGGCCAGACUCUCGGUCAAGCGCUCCACCACCGGCGGCUCCUGCAGCAGUUCCGGCCAAGAACCCUCGCGGUGAUCGAACACACAUCCCUACAGAAUCGCAGCCGAUCUUCGACAUCUUGAACGCUGACAUGCAGCGUGUCAAGGCGAAGGCACCUGAGAAGUUCAAGGCCCACGUGAUCGACACCGAGAAGCGUCUGAACAUCUUGUUCGACCACCUCAAUAACGACGAUGUCAAGCCAGAUACCAUUCAGCAAUUGAACGACCUGGCGAGCAACAUUCAGGCCCGCAACUAUGAUCAGGCUGGUGUCAUAUUCUCGGACAUCAUGACGAACAAGACAGAUGAGGGCAGUGAUUGGAUCGUCGGUAUCAAGAGGCUGCUACAGUUCAGCAAGUCCACCCAGUAG